AGAAAAGCAGCCAACCUGAGAGCAGAGCAGUUAGUCUCUCUGUUUUCUACGCAGAUUAUAAAUAAUCGUUUGUAUAUAAUUCCAUGAAAGUAAGGCUUAGUUGCACAUUUUAGAAGAAAAUAAAAAGCAAGAAAAAGCCAUGAGCGGCCUAUGACGCUUUUAAGCUGGAAGCUAUCAGAAAAAGUUUAGGUAAAAGGGCUAAAGAGAACCCAUUGUUUCUCUUUUGCUGAGGAUCAUCUCAGACUCAAAGCCACAUCAUUUUUGGGUCUAAGAGAUCUGAACUGGAUCCCAGGCUGUGAUUCCUGGCUCUGUAUCAAAUGGGCUCAUCUGCAGAUUCUGAAAGAUUGUUCAACAGGCAAAGAACCCUUCACGAGAUCCUUGGAGGAGGCCUUGGAUUUAUGGGUCUGAUAAUCCAUGCUUUUGCUGGUAGUACAGUUGCAGAUGUGAUUCUGUGGAGGCAGAAAAAUCUGACUUUGGGGAUAUUGUUAGUAACUCUAUCUGCUUGGGUGGUGUUUGAGAAGUCUGGUUAUACUCUGCUGUCACUUGUCUCAAGUGUUCUCCUCCUCCUGAUGAGCAUUCUCUUUCUCUGGGCUAAAUCUGCAGCCAUUCUCAACCGACCAGCUCCUCCCCUGCCUCAACUGCAGUUGUCAGAAGAAAUGGUAAAUGAAAUGGCAGCUUCCAUUCGCAGUCGGGUAAAUGCUUUGCUCUCGGUUUCUCAAGAUAUUUCUCUUGGCAAGGACUCAAGAUUGUUCUUCAAAGUAGCUGCAUACCUCUUGCUGAUUUAUUUUGCUGGUGCCUUGACUGAUUUCCUUACUUUGAGCUACACCAGCCUUGUCAUGGUUCUAACAAUUCCAGCGCUCUAUGAGAGGUGUGAAGAUUAUGUGGACAAAUAUAUCAUGAUGGGGUACAGGAAAUUGCUGCAAUUGUAUGUUAAACUUGAUGUAGAGUAUUUGAACAGAUUUCAAAACUGGGUUCUGGAGAAGAAAAAACUAAGUUAAUUUCUCCUUUUCUCAUAAUCAAAUUUAAAACUUUUUAAAUUUCUUUUCUUCUUGGGUUAAGGUCAUGUGAGUGUUCAUCUGGAGUGCCGGAGUGCGGUUGAUUUUGUUUUUCUCUUUUCAAACUGAUAUCUUCCUCUCUUUUCUUUUCUCUUCCUUUCCCAAAUUAUUAAUUUUUGUGCCUUGCAAGACAUUUUGAGGUUUGAGUGAAGCAAAUUGCAAGGAGAUAUUAUCUGAGAAAUAUUGCAGAAAUGUCCUGUCAGGGUAGCAUGGAAUUUUGUAAUCUAAGCCUGAGUUUUAUA